AUGCAGGCCUCGCGAGGAAUGGCACUGUCACUCACUCGGGGGGCUAUCCUCAGGUCAGCCAGGGCGCCUACGAUGAUCUCGUUGCCCAGUUCGGUCGACCGCCGCGGUUGGGACACUGCUCUGAUGGAUCAGCUGGAUCGCCUGACAUCGAACCAGCUGCGUGCCCUGCUGUUGCACAACAGCGAGCUCAUCGCGCCGUUGCUCGACGAGUACUACCGCUCGAUGGAAGAACCGAAAUAG